GCCUUCUUUAUUUUUAGAAUUACUUCUACCUUUUAAAUCCACAUUAUCACCUCUGCUAAACCUAUUCUAUAUGAUCAUUAUAAACCACAUCGAGAUUAUUGUAACAUUUUGUCAUCCAUCUGUCACCCUGAGCUCCUCUUACACCUCAGCCUGAAAAUGUGUCCUGAUGUUUGUGUUCUUAUCAGAUGGAUGAGUGAGUUUGAUUGAAGCAUUUGUCAUGUAAAUGUGAGCCGUUUGAUGGACGAGCCCGCAGACUUGACAGAGUGCUGUAGGUCCUUUGCCAUUGGCGUGCAGCAGGUCACAUGGUGUGUCAGGAAGGUGAUAUGAGGGUGGAAGGCACUUUUACAGCUUUGACAUACUACCUAGAAGGGUUAGGGCAAAGGGAGCAGCGAUUAAUGACUGCUCGGUCUUGAUCAGUUCUGAACAAACACCAGGCCCGGGUCCAGGAUGAACUCUUACUUAGACUACCCUGUGUGCAACAGGGGCGCAAAUAUCUUCAGUGCAAAGGCCGGAUAUCACAAUUUAAACCAUGGAUACAUGUCGUCCAACUCGUGCGCAACAAGUGAUGGUUACGCACCAGACGGGCGCUUAGUUUCUGCAACUUCUGCGCCUCACCAGACCCCGAGUCUGCCUCUGCACCACCAGACACACGUCAACUUGGACCUACAGUUUGCACCACAGGGUAACUCCAUGUAUGGUUCUCCUCUGGAGUACGGACACCACCAGUACGGCCUCGCACCCGAGCAGGACCGGAGCUACAUUCAUGCUCAAGUUUCACCCCUGGGAACAAACAUGGCUCCCUACAGCACCGGGGACAGCUGUGGGCCUGCAGGGGCUUCAGCCGGCAGCCAGUAUCUACAUUUUAAUAACGGGGAUCAGAGGCUGCAGGAGUAUCCUGAGAGUGUUUACACGAGGUUACCGAGCCACAGUAAGGAGAAAGAUCUGGAGGACACUUCAAAGACAUUUGACUGGAUGAAAGUGAAGCGGAAUCCUCCUAAAACAGCUGUCCUCUCAGAGUUCGGGGUUCCCGGCCAUCACAACGUGAUCCGCACCAACUUCACCACCAAGCAGCUGACCGAGCUGGAGAAAGAGUUCCACUUCAACAAGUACCUGACGCGGGCACGGAGGGUGGAGGUGGCCGCUAGUCUGGAGCUGAACGAGACGCAGGUGAAGAUCUGGUUCCAGAACCGCAGGAUGAAGCAGAAGAAGAGAGAGAAACUGGGCUGCGUUCUGGUCAACACGGCGGCGGCACCUGUGGAGAAAGUGUCCGGGCCUGACACCUCUCCACAGGGGAAAGAGAAAGACUGUGAUCAGUGACUUUAAAGAAAAUAUUUGACUAUGGGGGCCUCAGAGCAGUUUUCGACUUCUUAUCACAGCAACACCAUUCCAGAAAAACUCUAAAAAAUGCAUGUGGACUCUUGGAGUAUGCAGGGUAUGUUUGUGCUUUAAGUGCACUGUUUUAAUGGAUGCUGAGAAACUAUUGUUUCCUUUAGUGUUUGUAACCUUUGUUUUGUGUUGGAGCACUGAAGUACUCAGUGUCAAUGUUUGCACUAUUUAUUUACAGGGUAUUUUCCAACAAGCGUUGAGAGGAUUUAGUUUAAUAAAGUUUAUAAAUGAAAGAAGUGUUGGAAUUGUUGUUUUAUGUGAAACAAGAAAAUGUGGAAAAGUCUGAUCAAACUUUUACUUCUGGUACAAAACUU